AUGGCACCUGCGCAUUCGGGCAGCACCGGUGAGGAAGGCUUUGUGCUGGAAUUUUCUGAUUUGAUUCCGCCACUUUCCACCAGCAGAUUUUUGGAGGAGUACUGGGGGCAGAAAGUGUAUUCCACGUCCCUGUGCGAGGACCUCCUCACCAUUCUUAGUGUGGGAUUCCAUGAUGGCAACCUGUCCGAGUGCGUUGCCGAGUGCAGGAAGGAGGACAACGUCCAUUUCACCGAAGCAGAGCUGGAAGGGCUUCAAGCAGACCUGGAGCAGCGGAGGAGCGUGAUCCUCCCGUUUUGCUUCACGCCAGGAGCUAUCGACAUAAAGCAAGCCUUUGUUCAGGGAUGCUCUGGGUUUGGUAAUGAUAUUGAGGUGGGCAUGUAUUUUUCACAACUUGGCUGCGAGCCAGCACAGUGGCACUUCGAUCCGAACCACAACCUGACUAUACAGAUUUUGGGCGAGAAAGACUGGUACUGCGCCGAAGGCAACCCUCACACGAUGGGAGCUGCGAGGGGCUUGCGCGACACGCCCAUGAACUUCCUGGAUCAGAGCAUCCCCAUCCCCAACACAGGACCCUUGGACAGGUCGUGCUACAACCUCCGGCCAGGUUCAGUGUUGUACAUUCCCCCCGGUCACUGGCACUCCGUUGUCCCUGUGAAAGGUGAUUGUGUCUCCGUGAAUCUACGAGUGGCCAAUCUCCUUCAUGCAAAAUGGGUUUGUGAGGUGAUGUUUGCCAAGAUGAUGAGUGUUGCCCGCGGUCAGGACACUUUGUGCGCAGUGCGCCCCCCUGACUUUUGCGGUACCGGGAUAUCUGACGCAAUGAAGCAGCAGGCGGCGCUAUGCCUUGACCUGGAGUCAUGUUGGUGCCAUCCGCCUCGCUGCUUUCCAUUCGAGAAGGAGCGCUCCGACGGCCUCAGGCUUGGUGCGACACUGGACUUCUUGAAGUGCAAGAAGUUCAUGUGCGACCGCGACUUGCUGCACCAAGACGGAACGGUCGUCGUGAGCCCGCUCGUGUCCAUACUUCCCAAGCUCAGAGAUGCUGAUUCCAUGGUCAUCGACCUGCGAUCCGUGUCUUCCCUGACGGGAUCCGACUACUUGAGGUUUUCAAUACACUGCACAUCAACGCUUGAAGCGCCGGUGAAGCUUUUGGCUCGCUGUGGGAAGGUGAAGCUUGCGGAGUUCGUUCCUCCGCAGUCGAAAGAGCAGGCGCAGCGAAGGAAGCGUGGGCACACGACGGAGUCUUUUCCUGAUGAACUGGCCUUGCUCUUACGGGUCCUGAUCCAUGGCAACGUGUUGUUCCUCCGGGCACCUGCAGACCAGGUCAUCCCGGAGCAGCGCCCGCGCAAGAAGCAAAACCCAAGCCGGAAAAAUGAACCUAGCUGA